AUGUUCUCGUCUUCAUCCAGAAACUCUCUGUUCUCGCCCUGGUCGUCCAUGGAGCAGUCGGACUCUGAGGUGUUGGACAUCAGCACUAAAGUGCAGCUGCAUGGCGUACUGUGGAAGAGGCCAUUCGGACGGCCCUCAGCCAAGUGGUCCCGCAGAUUCUUCAUCAUCAAAGACAGCUUCUUGCUCUACUAUGCAGAGAGUGAGAAGAGAAACUUUGAAUCCAACAGGUACUUCAACAUCCACCCCAAGGGAGUUAUUCCUUUGGGAGGAUGUGUGGUGUCAGCUAAUGAAGACAUGGGGAUGCCCUUUGCCAUCGUGAUCAACCUGGAAGAUUUCACUGGCACCAUCGUCCUGGCUGCUGAGUCUGAGGAGGAGCAGGUCCAGUGGAUGGAGAUGCUCCAGGAGUCGGGGAAAGUCACAUGGAAGAACGCCCAGCUGGGAGAGGCCAUGAUCGAGAGUCUGGAGGCUCAGGGGCUGCAGCUGGCAAAGGAGAAGCAGGAGUAUCUGGAUAAACUGAUGGAAGAGACUGAGGAGCUUAGUCAUCAAAGGGCACAGAGAGAGGAGUUGGAGCGUUUGAACCAGGUCCUGGAGGAAGAGAAAAUGAAGUUUGAGGAGGUGGUUCUGGAGCUGAAGGCGGAACAGGAGCAAAUUAAACUAGACCUGGAUGGCACAGCUCAGUCCCUGAGAGGUGUUGAGAGUGAAAAAGAAGAACUGAGCAACUUAACGGUCAUGCUGCAGAAAUCCAUCGAGGAGCUCUCACAGGAGAAGCAGAGAACUCUUGAGCUGCUGGGCGUGAAGGAGCAGGAGGAGAAGGAGGCGGAAGCGGCGAUGGAGAGCUCCGAGUCGACCCACGGGAAGUCUGAGGGUGGUGAGGGGCUCGGAGACGGGGAUCUGGUGCAGGACCUGCAAGACAUCGAGGAGCAAAUGAAGAUCCUGCUGAAGGAGAAAGAGCAGGCUGAUGGGAAGCUCAGGGAGAAUGAGCAGCGGGCUAAAGUCCUGCAGCAGGAGAGGGAGUAUUACUCGUCUCAGGCCCGGGCUCUGCAGCAGUCGCUCUCUCAGCUCACAGUGGACAAGCAGCAGACUGAGGCCGAGCUCAAGGCGGAGAUAGAGUCUCGGGUGGAGCUGGAGAAGAGGCUGAAGCAGGCUGAGGAGGCUCUGCAGGACCUGGAGAAAGGACUGAACACACUGGAACGAACCAAAGAGAGGGAUGAGAAGAUGAAGGGGGAUGUGACUCAGCUGAGGAGGUUCUUUGAGGAGUGUAUCUGUGCAGCGGAGAUCGAGGCGAAGCUUCCAGCGAUAAUGAAGAACGCUGUGUAUCUCCACAAAGCUGCUGCUCGCAGAAUCAAGAGCUGCCGGAUCCAGAGGAGAGCCUCCAGACGCCACUGGUUGAAACACUCAAAGUCCUUCGCUGUAGCCAACGCUGAUGGCAGCAGCAUGGAGGACCUGAGGGAGACGGCCCGGCGACUGACGUCUGACAGCAGCUUCAGAGAGAGCGUGUAUAAGAUCAUUGCUCGCAGGGACGCCACAAAGAAAACGGAGGACUGA